CUACAUAUUACAGACUACGCUCUACACUUUCCAACUAAAGGCACCAGUGACUAUGUGAACAUCUGGGGUAUGCCCAGCUUGACCCAGUUCACUGUAUGUCUCUGGGUGAGGACAAACGCCACUACCGCUGGUACUCCGUUCAGUUACGCUGUUCCCGGCCAACAUAAUGAAAUUGUCAUCCUCGGCGUGAGGAACCCUUGUAUUUACAUUGCGAGUGGAAGCUUCAGGUACAUUUUGCUGGUAAAAACGAUGAAAUGAGUCGUUAACAGAUUUUAACAGUGUACAUCUUGAUCAAUGACCAAUUUUGCUUUAUCCUCGUUUUUUUUUUUAUUUUCCUGCCCUUUUGGCGUGAAAUAUGUAAUGAAACGGGCAAAGAUCAAGACCAUUUAAGAGGAAAUGUUAACAAUUGGACUACCAUUCAAGCCUGAUUUGCCAAGACAGCAUUAAAUUUUAAAAUAAAGUAAGUUUUAAUUGCCAAAGUAAGGGAAAGUUCAUUUAAUAUGACAAGGGGUGGAUGAAGAUAUUGAGGGGGGGCUCCGAAAAUUUUCAGACACCCAAAGGGGGGGCUCUGAAAAAAUUGUUGCGCUAGGAGGGGGGGCUCCGAAAAUUUGUAUACUUCAAAACCAACACAUGACAUCAUCACACAGAUCGGAUGGUUUUCAACUCAACAAUUUAAUGACCUGUGCAACUCAGCUAUAUCACGUGGUUUACAGAUAUAACAAAUGUAGUCUCAUUAUUACACUCUUGUUCAUCCCAAAAAUGCUUUAGAAAAUUGUAUCACAACUGUAUCUCAAGUUUGUCAUAGUAUAAACCAUUGAAGACAAUAACGGUAAAUAUAUUUAAUACAGUCUAGCGAUCUUUUUUCAGGGGAGCAAAGGAAUUGAAGGAGGAGGGCGGGGCUCUGAAAUUUUUUCGACUACCAAGGAGGGGGCUCCUAAAAAGUUGAACCGCUAGCGAGGGGGGCUGCUAAAAUUUCAAGCUUCGAGUUUCAAUAUCUUCAUUCCCCCCCCCCCCUUGUCAUAUUAAAUGAACUUUCCCUAAAAAGGAGCGUACAAUUUUCUUCUUACUCAGUUAUCAUUUCUUAUAGUGUUACCUUACCUUCAACAACUGAUGGAAAAUGGCACCACGUCUGUUUAUGCUGGGAAAACAUCGCGGGCUCAUGGAAAUUAUACAAAGAUGGAGCAGUGGCAGAGCAAAGGUCAGAGCAAAGGGAUUCGUUCGCAACAGGACACGUGAUAAAAUCAGGAGGAUCGCUUAUGCUGGCUCAAGAGCAAGAUUCUUUAGGUGGAGACUUCGAUAUAAAUCAAUGUUUCAUCGGGAUGUUGACAAACGUCAAUGUAUGGGAUCACGUGCCUUCCCCUGCAGAAAUCGAGAAGAUGUCAAAAUCGUGCCUCUCUGGGGAGGGAAACGUAUGUAAGUGGUCUGAUUUCAUUCAUGGCCUUAAAGGGGAAACCAGAGUAGUUAUCCCAUCUCCUUGCAAACCAAUGGCUUCCUAA